AUGUCAACGAAUGGCAGCCCAGCUAAUUCAUCUUUAGUUUCGGAGCUGUCGUUUUCAUUUCAGGAUGAACUAACUGCGACCAUACACAAUGCAUUUGGAGUGGCUGUGGAAAUGGCUGUGCUCGAGAUCACCAAACUGGUAGGCCAAGCGUUGGGGGAUGUGCGUGAUCAAAUGCAUGAAACAUUACGGGAGAAUAAGUCACUCAAGCAGCGUUUACAAGCAGCUGAGUUGGAAGUUUGCACCCUGCGUGAUCGCGUCAGUGACGAAAGCAACGCGCAGCUGGCUGCGGCAUGCAAGUUUAGCUCUGUUGAUGGAGUUCAACAGGUUCAUCUACCACCGUUACCCCAUAUCGACAGCCUACAAAGCCAGCCUAUCACUGGAAAACAAAAACAGCAAAGGAAUAUCGAAUCAAAACAGCCAAUUGAUGCAUUAUUGAAUGUGGAUGAAAGGUAUGAGUUUUUGACUGCAGCUGAGGAAGUCGAUGGACACCAUAAAAAAUCGUUUUGCGAAAUCCGUGAGGAUGGACGUGUCUGUUCCCAUGACCUGAACUCAAAUAUAGGUGGCGAGUCAAAAUCAAAUGAACCUCAAGAAUCGACAGGUACAGAUGGAAACCAUCACAAUUUGUUCACGGCUGGCCAGAUGGGUGGAGUGCAGUUUAAUCGCACACAGUCACAAACAGCUCCAGGACUGGACAACGCCCAGACUUUUGUUGAAGGACAGAGUGUACCUGAUGCCGUCUGUCCUAAAUCUGAGGUAGAACAGCCCCUGGAGGUGAAAAAGGAGUCACCGGAUCUCACUUGUGCCUCUGGCUCUGGGCCCUUUGGUGGGGGGGCGGAAGACAUUGGUCCAGAUAGCCUCUCUCUGGCUCAGUCCAGACUUUUGGAAGACUGGAGGCCUGAACCUCUGCAGCUGCAGAACUGCAGCACAGACUCCCUCAUUCCCUGCACCAGCCACUCUCUGUCUGACUCAACGAUCUUCAAUCCAGAGAUACCGGACGUCCUCUCACCAGCAGCCAGCGGCAUGCCUCUGCCAUUCUCCAAGCCAUACCAGCCUGGAGAACCCGCACGGAUCUCAGUCGCAGGUCAGCCGUUCUCCAGCCAGAUGAGUGACGGGGAUGCCAAGAUGGCUGCCUCCAGUAGGAACCACCACGUCUGCAGGGUGUGUGGCCAGGCUUUCCAUCUGGCUGGGGAGCUGCGGAAACACCGCGCCCAGCACCACAACCAUGCCCCCGCCACUGCUGCCCCCAAAAACCCUAAGCGGCAGGUCUUUCCACCAGGCCGCAGCCCCUACCACUGCUCCCUGUGCGGCCGUGACUUCAACCGCAUGGAGCACCUGAAGAUCCACCAGCGCAUCCACACCGGGGAGCGGCCGUACGCCUGCUCUGUCUGCAAUGCCCGAUUCCGCCACUCGUGGGCGCUUACCAGGCACUUCCGCAUCCACACGGGCGAGAAGCCCUAUGUCUGCAACCAGUGCGGAAAGACCUUCCGGAACUGUGGGGGGCUCCGCUUCCAUCAGAGGUCCCACUCCAUUGGAGGGGUUCCCUGACCUAGCUGGAAUUGGAAUGGGGUGGGGUGGGCUCUGGGAGUGGACUACAAAUUAUAGAGGUAGAACAAAAUAGUGCUGAAAGAGUUGUGCUGUCACCUUACUCAUCAUAGAAAACAGAGAGGAGAAUGAAGAGACUGAAAUGAGAAAAAAGGCAGAGAUGGUUUGUCCAGUUAGUUGUAGUGCGAAAUGCAAAUGGGUCUUGAUGAGUGCAGACUCAGUGAGGUCUGCACAUAAGUGCUUGGUGAAAAUGUUUUACUGUUAUCUGAUAUAGGAGAAAACCAGUGCAUACAGCCAUUUAGAAAAUAAGCCAGAAUAAUUGGUUGGAACAAAAACCUGGAUACAAAGCAGCUCAACAGGACUGGCGUUGUGUAGACCUGGCCCAAGCCUUCUGGAAAACCAAAUUGUCUUCUUGUCUAAACAUUUUUUGCAUUGUCCAUGGUAUACAUUUUACAUUUAUAUUCACUGUCUCAGUUUGUCUUUUAAGCUGGACUGAGUGAGAGUAACUUGGAGGAAAACUCCAGGCUAAAACACUUUUGCAUUGUAGGAAUUGCAAUUCGCAUAUUGGCAAUGUAAAAUGCAACCCUGGUUCUAUUUUCCUUUUUUUUUUUUCCUGUAGACAUUGUGAAUUCAACCAGUAGGCUAAUAACAGGUAAGAAUGUCCAACCCAGAUCUAAUAUGAAUAAGCACAUUAUUAUUAAUUAUUAAACUUUAUUUAUGCAGGGAAGGUUGACAUAACUUAGCAUAACAUAAUCUAACAUAGUGACGAGAACAGGCCAUUUAGCCAAAUAAUGCUCGCCAUUUUGACUGAGCACACACGUUCUCCACAACGCCCUGUGAAUGCCCCCAAGUAGCCUAGCCUGCAUGCCUUUGGAUUGUUGGCGCAUGCUUAGCGUUGUGUCCAAUAAGGGGUAGAUUCAUCCAAAUGACACCUGAACCGUAACCGGAUAGUUGCAGGCAGUGCAGGGAUGCCGUCUGUAGUGACAUCGGAAGAAGCCUGACAGGUUCGCAACUGUAAAAUUGGAAGUAGCGAUAAUGAAAAAUAUAUUACACAUAUCAGAUAAUAAACCCUGAAAUUAAUUUCACAUCGCUGCUACAUGUUUACUAAUGAUGUUUUUUAGCCUGGAGUUUUCCUUUAAAGUUCUGGGACAGGUGAAUAAAAAAUACUUCAAAUAUAUACUUUCUUUUUGGAAUAGUAGGUGAAAGUUCCUCAGAUUAAGAUUAAGUUCCUCAAAGUCUCUAGUGAAACUUUUAGAAAGUCAUUUUUGUUCCGUAACUUUCAUUCUGUUGUAUGUUUACAACAUUGGGUUUUCCUCAAUCAGGCCCAACUUCUCGUAGUUACCUGUCCAAAUGUAUCCUUGUUUUCUCCCCACCACACAAGGCAAAUGCGAACUGGCCUUGACUGAGCAAAUUACUACAGCUAUACUCUGUAACUAUGUGGGUUCAACAUUUAUGCAUUUCUCAGUUGGAAUAGCACCACCAAAUUACACGUUUUUAAACAUUUAGCAGCUUAUGGUUUUACAUACAGUCCAUUUGUAUAGUGGGAUAUUUACUGAAGCUAUUCAGGUAAACAGGAUUUUUCCUGGCUCCAGAUUUACUACAUAUUGUUAGUAAAGUAUAAUACUUUUUAUUGUUUUUCGAGUGUCAAUGUUUUACUGCUUUGGGAAAAGUCGCCAGUUGGAAUUCACGUAUACAUUUUUGGCUAUUGGCUGAGCGACUGUUUGAUUCUUUGGGACGUCGACGGCAGGGCAAUUAUACUUCUUAACAGGUCAGAAUUUUGUGGAGGUGACACAAAAUUCGAUAGUAGCGGCCGCCUCAGAAUUCACUAUGCAGGAGAAACCCUGGGUUAAGUAUUUUGCAUUGAGUUGCAAUGACAGUGCCCCCUGGGAAUUGAACCAAAAUUCUCUUUCAAGGGGCCAAGCCCAGUUCACUAACCAUUACCCCAUACUGCAACCAGCUACUGCACAUCACUGUUGCCCUAGCAUGUGUGUACUUGACAUCUCCAGUUGGAUUGAGGUUUCCUCCCAUUUAGCAUUUUAUCUGUGAUUAUUUUGCUGCAUUUACUGAUUGUGUCUGUGCAGAUUUUGUCUGGGAGUUGUCUGUCUGGUUUACUAGUAAGCUUGAUGGAGCCAAUGGGAGAUAAAUACACAAUCAGUUGUGGUUUUUAAGGGGAAGAGGUUUUAAUAGGCUUGUAGGACUUCAUUGUGAAAUUGGGGAGCUGUUUGGAAAGUAAGGGAACAAAACGACACUGGGCAUAGAUCUGCAUAUUACAAGGGAUCAACACAAGGAUUUGUGACAGUUUCAUUGAGUGUGGCUGAAAAUAACCCUUUCACACUCUCCGAACUUUCUUAAAGCCGUUGUGAACAUCUGAAGAACUCAACCUAUACCGCAGUCCGAAAUAUUACAGGUUCUGAUUACCUAAGAACUGCUUUUAUUUAUUAUAAUAGGCAAUUAAUGCUGAACUGGAAAAAUGUCUGAUCGUUGUAUUUUCUAGAACCACCUUCAAAACUGUGCCUGAGUUCAGCUCCAAGCUUGGGGCUGAAGUCCAAUGAAGGUUUAGUGUUUGCAGGAUAAAGGUCACUGAACCUUCAACUCUCCCCCCCCCCCAUGUUUUAUUUUUAUUUUUAUUGUACAUUUUUCAACUUGUAGAUACAUGGGAGCAUUCAAUAUGUUUUAUAUAGCCACUUUCAUUACAAUGGUCUGUAAGGUCUUGAUUUCUGAAAAUCUUUGUUAAUAAAAACCAGUUCAUGUUGGCUCUGCUGGCUUAAAAUUU